AUGGACGAGGUACAUUUCGACAGCGUCACCUCCCUUGAGCGCCGCGAUGCGCAGAUGCUUGGCGGCCUGUUCAAGCAAGGAGCAAGAGUCCCGAAGGCCUUUGAGUAUGGCGACGACGACGAAGAGGACGAGGAUGAAAAUGAACUACUGAAACAACGGAAAAGAAAAUCUGACAUAAUUCGGAAGAUCAGGAAGAGGUCCCAGUCAAUGGCAGAGGAAGAAGGUCUCCCAGCACAAGGGACGUCCGGGGAGUCGUCCGUCACAGAGGACCCAAUGAAGAAGGAGCCGCUCCCGGCGGCCAAGAAGUCUAAACAGAGCUUCAAGGAAGGCCAAAGGACCCCAAAGCGCAAGGCUAGCGCAGAGAAUGAUAUUGUAUCAACUUAG